CCGGACUCCUCCAGCCGCAGGAACCUGACGGAGCUGCGCGGGGAAGCCCAGCUGGCUGUGUUCCAGCAGGGCGACACGGGCAGUGUGGAAGGAGCUCCCCAGCCCACCGAGAACAGCUUCACCCCCAAGUGUGAAAUCACGGGCAAAGACGCCCUGUCGGCGCUGGCGCGGGCCAGCAGCAAGCAGUGCCAACAGGAGAUCGCCAACGUGGUGUGUCUGCACCGUGGCAGCCUCAUGCCCCAGUCUGUGCCUCGCCACUGCCAGCUCUCGGGCAAGGUCAGCCCUGUCAUCCAGUGGGACGAGAGCCGGCUGCAGCAGCUGCCCCCCAGCAAGCCUGUGCGCAUUGCCUACAUGCUGGUUGUGCACGGCAGGGCCAUUCGCCAGCUGAAGCGGCUCAUCAAGGCUGUGUACCACCAGCAGCACUUCUUCUACAUCCAUGUCGACAAGCGCUCCAACUACCUCCAUCGCGAGGCGGUAGAGCUGGCCCGGCACUACCCCAACAUCCGUGUGACACCCUGGCGCAUGGUGACCAUCUGGGGAGGUGCCAGCCUGCUCAAGAUGUACCUGCGGAGCAUGAAGGACCUGCUGGAACUGCCCGAGUGGCCCUGGGACUUCUUCAUCAACCUGAGCGCCACUGACUACCCCACGAGGACCAAUGAGGAGCUGGUGAUGUUCCUGUCCAAAUACAGAGAUAAAAACUUCCUCAAGUCUCAUGGCCGAGACAACGCCAGGUUUAUCAAGAAGCAAGGCCUGGACCGCUUGUUCCACGAGUGUGACUCCCACAUGUGGCGGUUGGGCGAGCGCCACAUCCCCGAGGGCAUCGUGGUGGACGGGGGCUCCGACUGGUUCUCGCUGACACGCAGCUUCGUGGAGUACGUGGUCUAUGCCGAGGACCAGCUCGUGUCCCAGCUGCGCCAGUUCUACACCUACACGCUCCUGCCAGCAGAGUCCUUCUUCCACACGGUCCUGGAGAACAGUCACGCCUGUGAGACACUGGUCGAUAACAACCUCCGAGUGACCAACUGGAACCGGAAGCUGGGCUGUAAGUGCCAAUAUAAACACAUAGUCGACUGGUGCGGGUGCUCCCCAAAUGACUUCAAACCCCAGGACUUCCUCCGGCUACAGCAACUCUCCAGACCCACCUUCUUCGCCCGCAAGUUUGAGUCGACGGUGAAUCAGGAGGUGCUGGAGAUCCUGGACACGCACCUCUACGGCAGCUACCCCCCCAACACACCGGCCCUGAAGGCGUACUGGGAGAAUGUCUAUGACCGUGUCGAUGGGCUCAGUGGCCUCAGCGAUGUCACUCUCACCUUCUACACGGCCUUCUCCAGGCUGGGGCUCCACAAAGCUGCAUCCACACCAGCAGCAAAGGCCGACAAGCUCUGCAGAUUUGAACCCCGGGGCUUCCCAUCCAGUGUGCACUUAUAUUUCUAUGAUGACCGUUUCCAGGGUUACCUGGUGAUGCAGGAAGUGCAGAAUUUGGCAACGGGGCAGGCAGAGUCGCUGGAGGUGUGGAUGAUGCCCCAAGGAGCUCUGAAGCUGGCGGGUCACGGAGGGCAGGCAAACCGGUUACAAAACCUGGAGGUGGGCACAGAGUGGGAUCCCAAGGAAAGACUUUUCCGCAACUUUGGAGGCUUGAUGGGGCCUUUCGACGAGCCAGUGGCCAUGCAGAAGUGGUCUCGAGGCCCCAACCUGACGGCCACGGUGGUGUGGAUCGACCCCACCUAUGUCAUCGCUGCUUCCUACGACAUCACGGUGGAUGCCGAGGCAGAGUUUACCCAGUACAAGCCCCCUCUCAACCGGCCCCUGCGCCCUGGUGUCUGGACCAUCCGCCUCCUCCAGUUCUGGGAGCCCCUGGGUGAGAGCCAGUUCCUGGUGGUGCCGCAGACCUUCAACCGCAAGCAGCCUCUCAGGAAAGAUGACAGCAACUGGCUGCACGGUGGCCCCCCCCGCAACGAGUACAUGGAGCAGAGCUUCCAGGGCCUGGGGGGGAUCCUCAACCUGCCACGUUCCUAG